AUGGCGUCCUUAACCCAGGCACAUUCCACCGUCAAGGAUGCGCCCGACACAGCGCCUAUCCGCAGCAUCCUCGACACGGAUCUGUACAAGCUCACCAUGCAGCAGGCCGUACUCCGACACUACCCCAAGGCCCGCGUCGCGUACAAGUUCACCAACCGCUCGGCGUCGUCGAUGAAGUUCACGCGCGCCGCCAUCGAGCGUAUCCGCACACACGUCCACAGCCUCGUCGACCUUACGCUCACGACCGCAGAGCGCGAGUGGCUCGAACGCACAUGUCCCUAUCUCCGCCCCGACUAUCUGGACUACCUGGCUGGGUUCCGGUUCGACCCGUCCACACAGGUUCAGAUCGAGUUUGUGCCCUCGUAUACCGAUGCACAGGGGUGCGAAUGGGGAGAUUUGGGGCUGAGGGUGCAGGGUGUGUGGGCCGAAGUCAUCUUUUACGAGGUGCCGCUCAUGGCGAUUGUGUCCGAGGUGUACUUUAGCACCGUCGAUACCGAGUGGUCGCUCGAGGGCCAGUACGAGCAGGCGCGGUCGAAAGCAGCCAGGCUCGCCUCGAACGGCAUCCGCUACUCGGAGUUCGGUACGCGCAGGAGACGAUCCUACCAGACCCACCGCACAGUCAUCCAAGGCCUGCUUGCGGGCGACCGCGAUGCAGCCUCUUCUGCCGCCACGACCAAGGGCAAGCUGCUGGGAACGAGCAACGUGCACUUUGCGCAGAUGUUCGACUUGGUGCCCGUGGGCACGGUUGCGCACGAAUGGACCAUGGCCGUAGCUGCGCUCGAGGGAUAUGCGCAUUCGAACCUCAAGGCUCUUCAGCUGUGGGAUGCAGUCUAUUCGCCGCCGGACUUUGUGCCCAACAGCCCCACGCACGACCUCACGAUUGCGCUCACCGAUACCUUUUCCACCAGCGUAUUCUGGAACGAUCUGCUGCACAGUGCACACGGCAUCGAGAUCGCCAAGCGAUGGCGAGGUCUGCGUCAAGACUCGGGCGACAGUCGUGCAUUUGCAGACCGCGCACUCGCCGCCUACAAGAGCAUCGGCGUGGAUCCGAGCACAAAGGUCGUCAUCUACUCGGACGGACUCGACGUGGAGCGUUGCAUCGACCUCGCCGCCUACUCGAAGCAGAUCGGAAUCGGCGCAGGAUUCGGGAUCGGCACUUCGUUCACCAACGACUUUAUGCGCAACGCUACCACCAAGAGCAAGCCGCUCAACAUCGUCAUCAAACUCGACAGCGUAGAGCACCGACCCGUGGUGAAAAUCUCGGACGACCUCACCAAGAAUACCGGCGAUCCUGCCGAGGUGCUGGCGGUCAAACGCAGAUUCGGAAUCCCCACCAACCCAACCACCUCGACGAGUGUCAUUACGGACAUUGCGCUUGGAAGCACGGUUGAAAUCCAAGUCGAAGACGCCUAG